AUGCCGCCUGCGCGGCCGCGAAACAUCGAUGACUCCAGAUCCGAAGCGUCCAGCACUGUCACAAACCAGAAGGAUAAGGCGGCGUUAGGGCCAACCAGCGGGUCGGGCGUGGCCAAGGGAAAGCGACUUGCGUCGAACCUGAACACCUCGACGACUGCGACAAAGGCCGCUACGAACGGUAUUGGCUCUGUCGCAGCUGCACCGACAGACGUUGACCAUAAAGACCCUAACCUUCCACGGACGGAAUGGAACACCAUGUCCACAUCCAUCCUCCGUACUUACCGAAUCGCGCAUCGCCUAUCUGUUCCCUCGGCAUAUAACCACCCUCAUGCGGAGUUGACGUAUACUUCGUCCGAUAUUGCUCUACGAGCACCUUCUGUGGUGCAAGCUCGGCGCAAGCUUCGCGAGCAAAGACACCACGACCACAAGCUUCAGCAAGGACAGAGGAACGGGGCUGGUAAGGGAACCAAGGCAAAAGCAAAAGAGAAGGAAAAGUCUAGAGCUGAGCCGCCAACAAGGACGGCUCCUUCAGUGGCCAAAUCCAUCGAACCUCCUGACCCUGUAUCUGAACAAACAGAUCCUUCGUCGUCCAUGACUUACAUUGGUCCCCGUGAACCAGCGUCCCAGCUCGCCACGGCUGUUCGCAAGCACUUCAAUGCGCAGCAACUGAAUGAAGCCGACACGAUAGCGAGGUUCAUCUACGUGGUUCAGCAGAACGGCCGGGGAGCAGUCAUGGGCGCGAAGUCAGAAAGUUAG